UGAGCGGCUGAGCGGUGGCAGGAGGCGGGGCAGCAGCGGCAGCUAGGCCUGGCGCCCAUCUCUGUCGCGGUCAUGGAGGUACCCCUCAGUCCCCUGCUCCUCCUCCUGCUGCUCGGGGAUUGGGCCCCGGCUCCGGGCAGCGCCUCCUCGGAGGCCCCGCCGCUGGUGAAUGAGGACGUGAAGCGCACGGUGGACUUGAGCAGCCACCUGGCCAAGGUGACGACCGAGGUGGUCCUGGCACACGCGGGCGGCGGCUCCACCUCGCGGGCCACCUCCUUCCUCCUGGCCCUGGAGCCCGAGCUCGAGGCCAGGUUGGCACACCUAGGAGUGCAGGUGAAGGGAGAAGAGGAGGAGGAGAACAAUCUGGAAGUGCGAGAAACCAAAGUGAAAGGUAAAAGCGGGAGGUUCUUCACUGUCAAGCUCCCGGUUGCUCUUGAUCCUGGGGCCAAGAUUUCAGUGAUUGUGGAAACGGUCUACACCCAUGUGCUCCAUCCUUAUCCAACCCAGAUAACCCAGUCAGAGAAGCAGUUCGUGGUGUUUGAGGGCAACCAUUACUUCUACUCUCCCUAUCCAACCAAGACCCAGACCAUGCGUGUGAAGCUGGCCUCACGGAAUGUGGAGAGCUACACCAAGCUGGGGAACCCCACAUGCACAGAGGACCUCCUGGACUACGGGCCUUUCAGAGAUUCCCCUGCCUACAGCCAGGAUACUUUUAAAGUCCACUAUGAGAACAACAGCCCCUUCCUGACCAUCACCAGCAUGACACGUGUCAUUGAGGUCUCGCACUGGGGCAACAUUGCGGUGGAGGAGAACGUGGACCUGAAGCACACGGGGGCUGUGCUGAAGGGACCUUUCUCGCGCUAUGACUACCAGAGGCAGCCGGACAGCGGGAUCUCCUCCAUCCGCUCCUUCAAGACCAUCCUCCCUGCGGCUGCCCAGGAUGUCUAUUACCGAGAUGAGAUUGGCAAUGUGUCCACCAGCCACCUCCUGAUCUUGGACGACUCCGUGGAGAUGGAGAUCCGGCCCCGUUUCCCCCUGUUCGGCGGGUGGAAGACACAUUACAUUGUAGGCUACAACCUGCCCAGCUACGAGUACCUCUACAAUUUGGGUGACCAGUAUGCACUGAAGAUGCGGUUCGUGGACCAUGUGUUUGAUGAGCAAGUGAUCGAUUCCCUGAUGGUGAAGAUCAUCCUGCCCGAGGGCGCCAAGAACAUCCAGGUCAACAGCCCCUACGAGAUCACUCGGGCCCCGGAUGAGCUGCACUACACCUACCUGGACACCUUUGGCCGCCCCGUGAUCGUGGCCUACAAGAGAAACCUGGUAGAGCAGCAUAUCCAGGACAUUGUGGUGCACUACACCUUUAAUAAGGUGCUCAUGCUGCAGGAGCCCCUGCUGGUGGUGGCUGCUUUCUACAUUCUCUUCUUCACCGUCAUCAUCUACGUGCGCCUGGACUUCUCCAUCACCAAGGAUCCAGCCGCGGAGGCCAGGAUGAAAGUGGCCUGCAUCACUGAGCAGGUCUUGACCCUGGUCAACAAGAGGAUAGGCCUCUACCGCCACUUCGACGAGACCAUAAAUCGGUACAAGCAGUCCCGUGAUGUGUCCACCCUCAACAGCAGCAAGAAGAGCCUGGAGACGGAGCACAAGGCCCUGACCAGCGAGAUCGCACUGCUGCAGUCCAGGCUGAAGACUGAGGGCUCUGACCUGUGCGACAGAGUGAGUGAGAUGCAGAAGCUGGACGCACAGGUGAAGGAGCUGGUGCUGAAGGCGGCAGUGGAGGCUGAGCGGCUGGUGGCUGGCAAGCUGAAGAAGGACACCUACCUGGAGAACGAGAAGCUGAUCUCGGCCAAGCGCCAGGAGCUGGUCACCAAGAUCGACCACAUCCUUGAUGCCCUGUAGCUCCGGCAGGAGGGGGUGGUGCAGGCCAAGGGGAGUUGAGCACUGAGACGCAGGGGCUACGUGUGUGUGAUUUGCAAAAGGCCUUGCCAGCUGGAGGAGCCAAGCCCCAUUCCUGUUGGUGGGUGGGCAGCUGGGCUCUGAGUCUUUCCUUUUUUUACAGUUUUAAUCCCACUAAAACCCAAACCUUUUUGAGUUUUGAACAAAGAUGUUUUGACUGGCCCUGUCUUGUUCUGAUGCUUGGAAGCCCCUGCUUUUUCUACCCGUUAAUUCCUGAUGUUUGGUCCUCUGGUGAGGAUGUGUUUUUUUAAAACUGCAUGUGACUAGGUGGAAAUAAAGCAGAGACUGUGAACAUUUGCUGAA